GACAGGUCGUUGGAAUGCCUAAUACUACUAUACGUAUUCAUACAGAUAUUUGUAAGAGCUUUAAAGUUUUUUUUUUAUAUAUAGCCAAAAAACAUCUGUACGUAAUUAGUAAACGUAUUUAUCUACUGUAGCAGGCCAAAUCCUAAAAAAGAUGACAUGACAUUGACAAUUGUGACGUUUAUAAAUGUUUUUCUAGGUUAGGUUAAAAAAGAUACGUUAAAUAAUUUAAAAAUGUCUGUAAAAAUUGAUCCUAGAGAUGUUUUAUCUUACCUAAAUGAACUUGGUUAUACAAAUAUAAGUGCUCAACAGUUAAAGGAAUUCAUAAUAGAUCUCAAAAAAAUCAUUAAAUACGAGCACAGGCGUCGAAAACAUCUAGCACAAAAUGAAUAUAACAUAUUUUUCCCGACCCAAAGCGCAGAUAAUUAUUCAGAAGAUUAUACAGAUAGACAAAAAUCGCCUGUUAGGGUACAAAAACCUGAUAUUUUUGAAACCCUUCACAACCUACCGACUGAAGCUUUUAAAGCAAAAAUUGUUAAUAAGAAAGAUAAACAACCUAUUGCCAUACACAUAAAACAAACAAAAAAGAAAUCGCCAAUACAUGAGCAUUGUAUACACAUUGACAAGUUGGACAUACAACCAAUUCUAUCUAGCAAAACUAGUGAGGAUGACAAAAAUCUUACAGAUAGCAAUACAAAAAAGACUGAAUCAAAUUUGGGAGCUGAGAAGAAAGAUGAAAAUAAAACUGAUGGAUCUAAAAAUGAUUUAGAAAUAGGAUCAAGUAGGACAAGCGGUUUAAGGCCUAAUUCGAAACAAAGUCAGAGCUCCUCUGGGAAAAGUACAAAAAUGAAGAAACCUCAAACUCAAGUUCUACGACCAUCCACGUCCACAAAAUCCAUAAACAAAUGUGAUCCAGUGGCCCUUUAUCAUCAAUACCAGAAACAAUGGAAAACUAUCAAAUUUCCAGGCCAAGAAAGCCAUUUGGAUUUGAGGUGGGCCAUCAGAGAGAAGCUUAUGGACGGGCCAAUCGUGGAAGUUAAAAAGAAAGCAAGCGCUAAAAAAAUAGCGUUUGCUUGAGUGCCGGUAAUUUUAAGAAUAAAG